ACCCCUUGCCCCUCCUCUAUAAAUACCGCCACUCGCUACACCAUAGCGUAUCACUCCCAUCACUCCAUCUCAUCCUUCACAAAGCCACUAGCAGCUAGCAACUCAACCACACCUCGACCAUGGCAAUGGCCGCCGCCGCCGCCGCCUCGUCCUCGUGCACGGACGCCACGUGGUGGGCGUACGCGCUGCCGGCUCUCCUCGGCGCGGACACCCUAUGCGCGCACCCGGCCUUCCUCGCCGGCGCGCUCCUCCUGGCCACCGUCUCGGCGGCGCUGCUUGCGUGGGCCUCGUCGCCGGGCGGUCCGGCGUGGGCUUACGGCCGCGGCCACCUCGGCGCGAAGCCUAUCAGGGGUCCCCGCGGUCUGCCCGUGUUCGGCAGCAUCUUCGCGCUGUACCGCGGGUUGCCGCACCGCGCGCUCGCCGCCAUGGCGCGCGCUGCUGGGGCGAGGGAUCUCAUGGCGUUCUCCAUCGGGGACACUCCCGCCGUGGUGUCGUCCUGCCCAGCCACGGCGCGGGAGGUGCUCGCGCACCCGGCGUUCGCGGACCGCCCCGUGAAGCGGUCCGCGCGGGAGCUCAUGUUUGUGCGCGCCAUCGGGUUCGCGCCCAGCGGCGACUACUGGCGCCUCCUCCGCCGCAUCGCCUCCACGCACCUCUUCGCCCCGCGCCGCGUGGCCGCGCACGAGCCCGGACGCCAGGCCGACGCCGACACCAUGCUCCGCGCCAUCGCAGCCGAGCAGUCCGCAUCCGGCGCCGUCGUCCUCCGCCCGCACCUCCAGGCUGCUGCGCUCAACAACAUCAUGGGCAGCGUCUUCGGCAGGCGCUACGACAUCACCUCGAGAGCCGGCGCCGCCGAGGCUGAGCGGCUCAAGAACAUGGUGCGCGAGGGGUUCGAGCUCCUCGGCGCGUUCAACUGGUCCGAUCACCUCCCCUGGCUCGCCCACCUCUACGACCCGGGCAACGUCGCCCGUCGCUGCGCCGCGCUCGUGCCGCACGUCCAGGCCUUCGUCCGCGGCGUCAUCGACGAGCACCGUCGCCGCCGCGAGAACUCCACUGCCCCUGACGAUAACGCUGACUUCGUUGAUGUUCUGCUGUCCCUCGAGGGCGACGAGAAGCUCGGCGAGGACGACAUGGUCGCCGUCCUCUGGGAGAUGAUCUUCCGCGGGACGGACACGACGGCGCUUCUGACCGAGUGGUGCAUGGCGGAGCUGGUGCGCCACCCUGCGGUGCAGGCGAAGCUGCGCGCCGAGGUGGACGCGACGAUCGGGGCGGGCGGGUGCCCCACCGACGCCGACGUGGCGCGCAUGCCGUACCUUCAGGCGGUGGUGAAGGAGACGCUGCGAGCGCACCCGCCGGGCCCCCUGCUGAGCUGGGCGCGCCUCGCCACCGCCGACGUGCCGCUGUCCAACGGCAAGGUGGUCCCCGCCGGCACCACGGUGAUGGUGAACAUGUGGGCCAUCACCCACGACGGCGCCGUGUGGGCGGACCCGGAGGCGUUCACGCCAGAGCGGUUCCUGCCGUCGGAGGGCGGUGCUGACGUGGACGUCCGCGGCGGGGACCUCCGCCUCGCGCCUUUCGGCGCCGGGCGCCGCGUCUGCCCCGGCAAGAACCUGGGCCUCGCCACUGUCAGCCUCUGGGUCGCCCGCCUCGUGCACGCCUUCGAGUGGGCCCUGCCGGACGGCGCGCCUCCCGUCUGCCUCGACGAGGUCCUCAAGCUCUCACUGGAGAUGAAGACGCCCCUCGCCGCCGCGGCCGUCCCCCGCGCCGCCGCCUGAUCGCGCCGACGCGCGACAAUUAUAACCGACGCUGUGUCACGUCACGUGUGGUUUGUACGGGGCUAUGGGUUUCUAUCUCUGUGGUUGUAGCUAAGCUUGUUUCGUUCCCUCGUGCCUAGCUAGGGUUUGAUUGCUGUCUCACUCUCACCGGGGCUCCAAUUUUGGCAAUGUGCGUGUUAGGAGUUAACCCCUAUAUGUUUGCCUGAUUAGUGUGUGACGUCAUGGAAGUAGUGUGCUUAAUUCGGCACUGUUUUGGCUCGGCCUCUCUCGUGUUAUGUUUAAUUAUUGUAAUGUAAUGAUCAAGAACGCUAGGUUGCUGUUUAAUUAUUAAUAUAUCGAAA